CCACCCCCAGAGGCCUUCGUCCCGCCCCCGGCCCUACUACCCGCUGGUCCCAGCCGCCCUCCCCAGGCACAACCCUGUAGCCGCCAUGGUGCAGGCCUGGUACAUGGACGAGUCCAUGGAAGACCCGCGGCUGCCGCACCGCCUCGAGCCCGACCGCCCGGUGAGCCUGGAGCAGCUGCGCAAACUCGGCGUGCUUUACUGGAAGCUGGACCCCGACAAGCACGAGACGGACCCGGAGCUGGCGCAGAUCCGCAGGGACAGGAGCUACUCCUGGAUGGACAUCAUCACCAUCUGCAAGGACAGAUUGCCCAACUUCGAGGAGAAGAUCAAGGUGUUCUACACAGAGCACUUGCACCUGGACGAGGAGAUCCGCUACAUCCUGGAUGGCAGUGGGUACUUUGAUGUCAGGGACAAGGAGGACAAGUGGAUCCGGAUCUCCAUGGAGAAGGGUGACAUGAUCACCCUCCCAGCUGGCAUCUACCACCGCUUCACACUGGAUGAGAAGAACUACGUGAAGGCCAUGCGACUGUUCGUGGGUGAGCCUGUGUGGACAGCGUACAACCGACCAGCUGAGCACUUCCCUGCCCGGGAGCAGUACGUGAAGUUCCUGGAGCAAACCGUGUAGCCUGGAGCCCACUGCUGUGCCCUGAGGCUGGAUUGUUCUUCUGCAUGAUUACCUGAUCAGAAUAUUUUUAAAGAAAAGAGCCAUACAACUAAUUUUAACUCAGAAGCAACUGGGAAUGCAAACAUCACUGUAAUCUCCUCUAAUUAAUCAAGAUGGGGGUGCAAGAGCCCCGGGUAGUAUGGGUACUGCAGUGUAACUCAGUACAAGCUUUCGCCCAGAGUGAGGCUCCUGGGCAGUGUGUGGUGUGUGACAUCACUGCCCAUAGAUGGUGGGACCAGCCAGGUGAUGCUGCUUCUCCCGGGGUCAUAGCUGGUGCGGGGAGGCACCCUCAGGCUUCCCUUGUUGCUUCCUUAUCACAAUAAAGCCAUUGCCUUAACUCUA